UCAACCAUCUGUCCCGUCCUACCGGAAUCUGACUGUCGGUGAGGACGUGGCGCGGCGGAAAACACGGAGUGAGGAGCACAAAGAGAAGCUGCCUUGCGCAAACUCACUGACACGACGACGGCUCUGUUCUUCCACGUGGACCCUGUCAUUGACCAAAACACGGCGGUCUCCGUGGCAGCCUGGGAGCGCGCGUGCAGCCGCCGUUGCGCAGUGCAGACCGGGAGGCACGAGGCGGGGCAGAGGUGCUCUCCAGAUAUGAACCUGUAAACGGAAAACUGCCCGAAUUAAACCUCUUCACUGUCCACACAUCAGCUAUGCAGACAGGUGUCUUCAUGGAGUCUCACCUGGGCAGGUUGGUCCAAUAUGUCUUGUCCCUGUUCAUGCUCAUACACUUGUGCAUGGCUGCACCAGGUCAACCUGGGAUAAAAAGUAAUGAAGCAGUAGAUGGCCACCCCCCUACCGUGGCACUGGCCAAUCCUUUUGGCUCUGGAGAGCAGGACCGCAGGUUGCUGCAAAGUUACAUUCAGUCCAGCCUGAAGGAUGGCCAAGGAGGACCAGAAAUCAGCACCUGGGAACAAGAGGUUUUCUUCCUGUUUCGUCUUUAUGACUACGAUCGCAGUGAGCUCCUGGAUGGUUUGGAGAUGAUGAAGCUACUCUCAGAUUAUAACUCCCAUCAUACACCUGGAGCACAGUCCAAUGAGCUGGUGGUGUCUAUGGUAGAUUUUUUACUCCAGACUCAGGAUUUAAACCAGGACGGCCUGUUGGCCCCUUCGGAGUUGCUGUCACCUCCAUUGCCUCAGACACAGGACUCCAGCAACAGCGAUGCUCCUCAUCAGGAGCAGGAGGUGCCAAACCCCAAUGCUGAUGAGGAGAAGGCACGAGCUGUAGAACAGAGAGAGGAGGCUCAUGAGGAUUUACAGCCUCAAGAUGAAGAGCAAACUAAACAGGAGGUAAAGACCGAAGAGGAGAAACUCAUAAAGCAAGUAGAUGAUCAGCAUGGACAACAAAUUCCAGAAGCAGCUGCAGCAGAACAAGGGCAGGACCAUGAAAUUCCUGUUCAUCUGGGGCAACCAGAGAUAUGAAUGCACACAAACACAGGCUGGUUCCGUCCACAUUGUCACUCUGUGCUCUUGAAUCAAACCAGCAUAAGACUGAUGGUAGAGUUAAAAUACUGCUGUCAGCUGAGAGGACUUCUUCAUCAUCACAAACAGUCUCUCUCUCUUGUUUAGAAUCCUGAGAAUUUACCGCCUGUUUCAGUUGACUGUUAACUAUGUAGUUGGUAGAGAAAUGAAAAGAUGGAUCUGUUGAAAGUGUUCCUGUCACUUUAUUAGAAGAUGUUUUCUACCACAAGCACGGUUGGUUUUAAUGAUUAAGUUCUGAGUUGAGAGUUCUGAAUGCAAAAUGCAAUACUAUCCACAUUAGUAAAAUGGAAGCCAUCAUUAAUGGAGAUUUAUUCUUUGGAAUAUUUGAUUUAUGUUAAUUGUAUUUAUUACUCUUUUUUGUCAUAGCUGGAAGAUAAGGCACAUUUUUAGGUUUUCAGCAUUGAAUUUGUUGCUCAGUGCAUGUACACGCUGAUUGCCUUACUGUGACUGACCUACCCUUGGUUUAGGAUUUGCACCUAGAAGUUUUCAUCAGGAAUUCAUGUGUUCAUAGUUAAACUGGUCUCAUUUUACAGUCAGCUCAGUUUAGCCAGUGAUAAGGCACACCGGCGUGCCAUGAAAUCAAAUUUGGUCUUCCUUGUGAAUUCCCCCAGCCUAGACAACAACUUUAGUCAUCUAAGAAAAUAAUAAUUCAGAAAAGAAAAACCCAUCUUGUUAUGCAGUAUCAAGCCAAAUUUUUCUUUGUUUUAAUGAAUUUGUGUAUGAUCCCAAAAGCAUGAGGAUACAUUUUAAUGAGGAUUUUAAUGUUUCCAAAAGAGCUGGGAACCAGCAUCAUAGUCAGAUUAGUACUGGGCUCUUAAUGAGUUACAUCCUACUGCCACCAGUCUUUCGUCUUCAUAUCUUAUCUGCAAACUUGAAAUAUAUAUACAGUAUUUGUGUUAAGUUUUUGUUUUGUUUGGGUAUUUAAAAAACAUUUAUGCAUUUAUACAGUUGAAGGAAAUAAAGCAAACAUUUCUUUGUCCCAUUCCCUUUCACUCUGUCUCUUGUUUCUAAG